UUACCAGCAUAAAAUCAAGUGUUCCAGGAAUAUUGAAGAAUUUACACCAGCAAUUAUGCAAAUAUUAUGCUAAUAUUACAACUUAAACCUUUAAUUUACAUCUUGUUAAAAUGAAAAAAUAGCUAAAGGAAAGAAAUUUGUUAAGGGCGAUAUGGAUUUUCCCAGAAAUUCUUCAAAAUGGAGUCGUAAACGACCGAUGUGCGUGAAUGUGAGCAUAUUGUACGCAUAUGUUUCUUUGUGUUGUUUAACACAAGCUGUUAAUUGCAAGAAAGAAGAACUUACAAAGGAUUCUCUGAAAGUAUCCCGAAUAUCGAUUGAGUAUAGAGAUAUUUCUGGGUACCGGAAGACCGAUGAGGACUAUGAGAGGGGUUACUAUGCGAACAACGCUCGUGUCAAUAGCAGUCCAAUAAAAGGAAAGCUAGUUCAUGUACAAACUUCCUAUAACAAUAGCGAACUGGGCUGUACUCAGAUCAACCCUGAUAUUGUCCCUAAAAACGAACCUUGGGUUGCUUUGAUAAAACGUGGAGACUGUACAUUCAGUGAUAAAAUUUACUACGCCGCGAAGAAUUCGUCUGCUUCUGCAGUUGUAAUUUACAACCUCGAGGGUUCGGUGCUGGUACAUGCCGACAACAACAAGGAGACACAUCUUACGAUGACAACGAUUACAGAGGGCGGACAUAACGUUCAAGAUGUGGUUGCAAUCCUGAUAACAUAUGACAAGGGGAAACACUUGGUGGACAUGCUCAAAACGCACAACAAUAUUAACAUAACCAUAACACAUUCUCCAAAGAAGGACGAACAACAAGAUAGCCCAGGACAGUUAAACAACACAUCUGUACUGUUUGUGUCGAUUUCAUUCAUCGUUCUUAUCAUCAUUUCACUGGCGUGGCUCGUCUUCUAUUACAUACAGAGAUGUCGCUACACAAACGCCAAAGAAAGACUAAGUAGACGUUUAGCAAAUGCUGCAAAGAAAGCGAUAGCCAAAAUUCCACAGAGAACAAUCAAACUUGGAGAUAAGGAGCUUGAGGCAGAGGCUGAUCAGUGUGCUGUAUGUAUAGAGCCCUAUAAAUGGAAUGAUGUUAUACGUGUACUUCCUUGCAAACAUGUUUUCCACAAGUCUUGUGUAGAUCCAUGGUUGCUAGAUCAGAGAAGUUGUCCGAUGUGCAAAAUGGAUAUUUUACGAGCAUUUGGGAUGCAUCUGAAUGACAGCCAGGAGAGUGUGCCACAGGAUGCUGAAAGUGGAUUAAUGAGUUCGACAGGUGCGGCAGACGACACCGAACAUCUGUCAAAUUCCGAAGAACAAGGCGCUGUGGGGGGUGUAAAAAUAGUGCUAUACCAACACCCCGUCAGAUACUGUGAAGGGGGUAGUGGACAGUUUCAGGAGUCGGUUUAUAGUAGUGAUGGAAGUCUGGACCUCCAUUCUAGUCCGGUUGCACAGUGUCAUGUGGAAUGUGCUGGUCGUGCUAUUCUCGAACAUAGAAACAAUGACUUAAGCCCGGAGGAGGAGCCAUGUCUUGCCAGAUCUGGUAGCGUCGAAAGUGUGCAUUCUUUCGACGAUGACUUGAACUUAUUGGAAAGUCAGUCAUUAAUGACAGGUAAUUCGAGUAAUGUCGGAGCGUCAAUGACAAGUAUGGGGUCGAAAUCUCUACGUCGAGGUAGCGAGAGCAGUAGCAUUUCAUUAAGCCUGAAAGAAAAAAUGUAACAUUUUUUUUUAUUUUCUUUUUUUUUUUUGUGAAUCAACAUAUUACCAAAGAAUCAUGCAUUGUUUCUGCAUAUCUCUCAAUAUUUAUUGGGAAAUUGGCUGUUAAUGAUCUCUGUCUUGGUCUUCUUUUCCUGUGUUUAUAUUGUCAGUUUCAUCUUUAGCCUGCUAAAUUUCUAAAAUGGACUGGUCCAUCAUUCAGUUUUGGCAAUUAUACCAUUUAUGAUUCGAAGGGGUGUUCACUGAAAAUUUACAGACUGACUAGCAAACAGUGCAGACCAUUAUCAACCUGCACAGAUGAUUGCUUGAAAACUUUGCUCUUAUCCCUAAUCAUUCAUUUGAAAGCAAAAUACUGACUUUAUUCUCACAGAAAUUGGGACCUAGAAGGAACUGUGCUUGUGUGUGAUUUUAGGGGUCAGUGCAAGACUUGUGUAGUUUGGCCAUUUCCAUCUUUGUAACUUACAGUUUAUGGACUUCAUUUUUUUGCAAAUUGCAAUGCAUUUCAUUGUUUUAAGUGCCUGCUGAAAGAAAAAAAUAUGAAAUGGAGUAUAUAACAUGCUUGAAACCUGUCUUACGCAAAGCUUUAUCGGAGGUACAUUACAUUGGACUUCAAGUUUAGCAAGUCUGUAGGGUAAAGAAAAUGGUGACAUUGAGAUUUCAUACUUGUACGUGUAAGCUUUCUUUAAUUCAGUUAGCAUCAGAGACAUCAAUAUUCAGAAUCAUGAAUUUAAGAAUAGCAAAUUUUUCAUAAUAUCUAGCUGUAUAUAUUAUGUUGGAUCUGCUAAAGCAAACUUACAAGUUUUAGAUGUGUAGAUUUACAUGUAGCGAUUGAUUCCACUGAAGUUAUUAGACCAUUUUAGCAGACACUUAUUGCUAUAUGUAGGGAUUUAUUACACAUAUUCAUAAACGUAUGAAAUCCCAACCUCGGUGUUACUGAAAUUUAUCACCUUAUGAAAGUUUCAUCAUUUAAAUGUAACUCAUUUAGGAAAGUUUAUGUAUAGGAAAACAGCAUUUCUGCACUGGCCACCUUACCCUAAUGCAUUCAUUUUCAUACUCGUUUUUUUUUCUUGUUGCUCAUUAUUAGAUAUAGGUUUCAUGUCUCUGAGCUCAGUUUCGAACUUGCUUUGGCUGAGAAAUUGAAGUGAACAUUAAAAGCAUUUUAUUGGUGGCAGUGACAUUUAUCCUAGAGUGUUUCUUAUGGGAAUAGUAACAGAAAAUAGUGAAAACAAAGGAAAUGCCGUGAUGUUGACUAUGAUAGUUAUGCACCUCCCCCACUUCGUAGAAGAUGGGAUGUAUUGUUUUGCUGUUGUUAGUUGAUCCAGCCAUUGAUGGACACUGUUUUCCAGUCAAUAACUAAAGAAUGUUUUGGCCUAUAGAGGUCAAGAUAUGGGGUCAGUAGCUCAAAGAUCACAGUGACUUGGGAAUGCAAUCUGUUUCCAUUAGAUGUAAUUUUUGAACGCUUGAACCCACUAUGGUUUAUCCUUUUGGGGUGUUCUUUCACUGGUUAACUUCUGUUGUUGUCAUGCUACUUACCGGUAGAUAAUUAUGUUAAGUUUUUCAGAUUUGUUACUUUAUAGUUAUAUAGGAAAUUUUGAAUAUCUCUAACAAAAUAUUCAAUUUUUUUUUUACUGAAAUGCAGUUGACCACCUUAAUCUUAAAGCUUGACUACUGCAAUAUUUGCAUAUCUAAUUUUUGUUGUUGUAUUUUAAAGCAUUAAUUGAAAUAAAUUCAGUCAUCGAAUCCCUUGUUGUGAAUUGUUUGUCUGGAAAGAUAAGGUAGCGUAACAUGUUUGAUAUAAUCUUUCUCAUAACUGUCUAAAUCUGAGAGGACAAUUUUACCUUCUUUGUUCAGAACUUUACUUUUAAUGAUAAAAAAGGAUACAAACGUUUGACGAGUGAGUAAAGCAUUUACUCACCUUAAGUUUUGUGUAAUAAUUCUGUUGAAAAUAAGUACUUGUAUAUAGAUUAUUUUUACAUGUAUAGCUAUGAAUCACAGCACAAUUUGAGCUGCACCAUGAGAAAACCAACAUCCACGCAGUCUGGUCAGGAUCCAUGCUGUUCGCUUUCAAAGCCUAUUGCAAUUAGAGAAACUGUUGACGAACAGUAUGGAUCCUGACCAGACUGCGUUGAUGUGCAGGCUGAUCUGGAUCCAUGCUGGUCGCAAACGCACUAUGUUGGUUUUCUCAUGAUGCAGCUCAUUUCAUGUUGAUUCCCAUUAAUAUUGGGUAAGAAAGUGCAUGAACAAAUUUUAUCGUUAUACCUCUUUUUUGUUUCCAAUGCAAAACUGUAAAAUAAUCUUGAUAUUUUUGUCCAAAAUUCUGUCUUUUUUUCCUACUGGUCUAAUUCAGACAGUAGAUACAAUUUUCUCUGGCGCUAGCCCAUUCUUUUCUUAAAGUACAAUUAUUGCAGUGGCCUUCUACCUUUUCGAAUAUUCAUUUUCGAAAUGCAGUCAGACUGUGCUAAAUGACCACCUGUCAGCUUGCUUGACUUUACGCUAAAAGCCGUAAGUAUCAAUUCCCAUUUAAACUGGUUGUUGCUUUUAACCUGCAUUCUCAUCUAUCAGAGAUUCAUCGAAAUCCCAAGACAAACCUGUUUCUUUUAUUUGGUGAGUAUGCGCACUUGUAAUUACUACCGGGAGUUGUUUCAGCCAAUCAGUGUUCUACAUUAUUAGGCGUGCCAAAUUUAAAUUUCAUACAACAUCUAAGUAAAGUACUUGCUAAAAAUUAAUAAAGAUGAUCUUACAUGACUGCAAUUAAUAAAGAUUUAUACCUAUAAUCGGAUGUUUAAAAAUUUAACCCAAGAAAUAAUAUUCUUUGUAAUUCGACGUUGAUGUUGGAAAGGGUGCGGUCAUGCAUUUCAGGGCCAAUUUUGAUUGGUUGGCGAAUUGUUUCGAAAUAUCACAGAUUGGCUGAAACUUUUUACCUGUAAUGUAACCAAACUAAAAAUAUCGGCUAAAUGUGCCAGAGGUCCAACUAGGGAACCAUGGUAGACCUGUGGUAUGUGAGAAUGUUAACCUGUGAAUAAAGACUACUAAAAGUGGUUAUUACAGACAGGUUUGACUGUACAACAAAAAUCAUCAUUUGCUAGACAAAAAUCUAGUAUUACAUCAUCCUAAAGUCAUUUUACGAGCUUACACGCAUUAAUUCUCAUAAAAAUGCAGACUUAUUGCUUUAGAAUUUGAAAUUUUCAGGCUUAUGAGAAAAAGAACUUUAGAAAUUUAUUUAAGCUUGUUAUAGUUUUGUUUUUUCUAUCAUUGUUUCAUAUAGAUUUGUAAAUAUAUUAUAUAUUAUAUAUAUAUAUAUGUCUGUGAUUAUAUGUAUAUAUCAGAAACAGAAGCUUUUUUGACAUAAAAUGUGCCACAUUUAUAGUUGCUUUUGAUGACAAGUUUACUAUAAGUUUGUAAAGAAUGUAAUAUACAUGUAUGUGCAAUUGAUAAUUGUUUACCAAAAGUUGUUUAAAAGUAUGUAAAUAGGUUUCGUGUUUAUACGAGUUGUUUUCCGUCUUUUCCCAGUAAUAGAUGUCAUUGUACGUGCAAUUAACAUUUUGUUACGUCAAGUUGUUAAUUAAUUUUGACAUUAUGUAAGCAGAUAUUUGUGAAAAUGUAUGACGUGUUUUCGUUUUCUUUGAUCUGGUUCACUUCCUUUGGACUGGUUCAUUUUCUUGAACUGGUUCCAUUUCUUUAGACUGGUUCAUUAUCUUUAGACUAAAGGCUGUUGGAAGUGCAUUUGAUAUUAUGUUUGCAGAAGUUUUUUUUGAAGGUAUUUAUUUGUGUAGAACGAGAGUUAUGUUGUCUCAAUUGGUAAAACUUUGCUUUUAAAUUGUGUCUGUACAAGGAAGGAAAAACUGAUGUUUAUCUUAAAGCUCAAAUCCUUGCAAUUUGUUUGAUGUCACCCUGUGAAACAUAAUUUCUAUGAAUACUGUGGAAUUGUUUAAUUAUGUGGGCAUGAAAUUUUGUAGUUGUGACUAAAGACGGUAUUUCAUGGCGAUAUGCAGUCAUGGAUUCAGUUUCAGAAGAUCAAAUGAAUGGCAGUUUUCUUUGUUUGUAUGAUUAAACUUUACGGAUUAUCAUGCUGGACAGGAUUGAUUCUGCCUUUUGCAAUCAAUGUAGAUCAUGAUCAGCCUGCACGCCUGCAAGGACGUGCAAGGCUGAUCUUGGUCUGCAUUGGUCACAAAGGCAAAAAACCACUUGCGACCAGCAGGUUAAAAGUUAAAAGAUGCAAGAUAUACUGUUUCACCUGCCUUAGCGGCCACUUGUAAUAAAUAUCCACUUGCCUUAAGCAGCCUGUCGGUGAACUUUUGAAAUUGACUUUGUUCCAGUUUCAACUUGUCUCAAGCAGCCACCUGCCUAUAGCAGCCAGAUUAUGUUGCUCGCUUGUUUGGCCGCUUAAUACAGGUUCGAUUGUAAAUUGAUACAUUAUGGGUCAGUUGUUUUUUUUGUUCUUUUACAGAAUAUGUUCUGUUUAGUGUGUGCUAAAGAGGAUUUCUGUAUAUAAUUGCUGUAUAAAUUAUGACAACAUACAUUCACUUCUGAACAAAACAAAAAUCAUUGAAAUUCAUACAGUUUUUUGCUCGGCAAACUCGUAAGCAUAAUCAUCAAUGCUUAAUGUAACAGGGCAUGACUACUUUCAUCUCAUUGUUUCUGUACCCUGUGAUUUGUAGGAUUGCCAGUGGGGUUGACUUACCAUACAUUGACAUGUACCGGAAAACUAAGAAUAUUCUUGUCUAAUGCCCUGAGCUUGGAUAUUAGGGAUUGUCUAAUAAUUCUCUUCUGUUUAGUUCAUGCAAUUUGCAUCAAAAUUGGCCAUGUCUUAAGGGUUCAUUUGUUUUAUUAAGACAUAU